AUGGAUGAAGACGUCGCUCAGUUCAUGGCCAUUACUGGCACCGACAAUGAGAGAGUCGCCCGAGGUUAUCUCGAGAUCUCUGGAAACGACCAGAUGCAGGCGAUUCAGCUAUUCUUCGAGAGCCCCGAACUGGCAGCCAACUUCACAAGCGAUACGCAUACAACUUCAGCCCAUCCUUCCUCUACUCGCGAUCCACGACGCUUGACCGGCCGCGAAGACUCCCGCGGCGUCAUUACGAUUGAUUCCGACGACGACGAUGACAUAGCCAUGGCCGAAGGUGGCGAUGAUGAUGAUGAUGACAAUGACGACGUCGCUGCUGUCGCCAGAGCUGCCCAGGAAGAGGACGACGCUGCCAUGGCAAGACGACUACAGGAGGAGAUUUAUGGCCAAGGGGGUGCCGCUGCCGAUGAAGUGAGAGCACCCAUGAGCCGAACCACCGAGACCCUUGUUGCCCCCAAUCCAGCUUGGAGCUUGGAGGAUGACCGCGAAGCUGCCGUCCUGGAGCAACUGCGCCGCAGAAGACAACCGCCUAGUCAACCAGCAAACCCCUUCAGCCAGUCAGUAUGGGAUGAACCGAUCGCCCCGGGUGAAGGUGUGCCGCCUGUACCCAUGAGCUCCCGGCCGGCUGGCGGCCGAUCGCAACGACUUGCCGACAUGUUCAGACCUCCGUACGAUAUCAUAUCUCAUUUAUCCUGGGAAGAUGCUAGAGAGGAGGGCAAGGAAGAAAAGAAGUGGAUCAUUGUUAACGUGCAAGACUCAUCCGACUUCAAUUGCCAGACUCUGAAUCGCGAUCACUGGAAGGACGCCAACAUCAGAUCCCUGCUUCAGGAGCACUUUAUCUUUAUGCAGUUCGACAAGGACAACCCUCGUGGCCAAGAAUAUCUUGGCUUCUACUUUUCCCAGCACGAAAAUGCCAGCAACUAUCCUUACGUUGCUAUCAUUGACCCGCGGACGGGCGAGCAGGUAAAGCUGUGGUCGGGGCUGCCAUUUCCUGACAAGGGAGAAUUCUAUUCGGAUCUCAUCGAAUUUCUUGACAGAUACAGCUUAGCCGCCAACAGCAAAAACCCUGUCCCGAAAACAAAGCCAAAGGCAAAGAAAGUGGACGUUGAUCGUAUGACUGAGGAGGAAAUGCUCGAAAUGGCACUCCAAAACAGCAUGGAAAAUGGUGGUGGCCCAUCCAAGACCAGUGAAGAGGACCCCGAUGCGCUGACUAAAUCUGUCCCGGAGCUUGACAAGGGCAAAGAGACUGCGGUCACUCAAGAGCCUGCUUCUCCCUUUGCGGCAAUCCCGUCAGAUAGGCCUCAUGUAGAACCAGAGAACAACCCAGCCAGCACUACUCGUAUUCAGUUCCGACAUCCAGCUGGCCGAGUUAUUCGCCGCUUUUCAACAGCAGAGCCAGUACAGCGAAUCUAUGAGUGGCUCAAGGCAGAGCCACUGGAGGGCAAGGAUGGCCUGGUAUUUGAGUUGAAGGCCCAGCCUGGAGGUGAUUUGAUUGAGAGACUCGAAGCUACGAUUGAGCAAGCUGGCCUGAAGAACGGAACGGUCAUGAUCGAGUUUAUCGAGGACGAGUAA